UCCCCGGGGCUCGCCCGCCGCAGCUGGGCCGGGCCGGGCCGGGCCUGGCGGGCUGCCUUGCCGGCUGAUUGGCCGACGGCUGGGGGCGCGGGGGCAACGUGGCCGGCCUUAGCGUAGGCGUGAGCAGAGAUGGCGGCGCUGCUGGGGAAGGCGGCAGCAGGAGGCAGAGCCCGGCAACCCCGGCUGCUGGGGCUGCUGCGGCGGGCCUGCGCUGGGGUCGCAGUGGAUGACACGGUCAACGGGCUGAGCGAGGAGCAGCGGCAGCUUAGACAGACAAUGGUCAAGUUCUGUCAGGAGCAUUUGGCUCCAAAGGCCCAAGAAAUCGACCAGGAGAAUGAGUUUAAGGGCAUGCAGGAGUUCUGGAAGAGGCUCGGGGAGCUGGGAGUUCUGGGAAUUACAACUCCUGUGGAAUAUGGUGGAUCUGGAAUGGGAUAUUUGGAUCAUGUGUUAGUGAUGGAGGAAAUCUCUCGAGUUUCGGCAGCUGUUGGACUCAGUUAUGGUGCCCACUCAAACCUUUGUAUUAACCAGUUAGUACGGAAUGGCAAUGAAGCACAGAAAGAGAAAUACCUACCGAAGCUAAUCAACGGGGAGCACAUUGGAGCCCUGGCAAUGAGCGAACCCAACGCUGGUUCUGAUGUUGUCUCUAUGAAGCUCAAGGCAGAUAGAAAAGGGGAUUACUUUGUUUUGAAUGGGAACAAGUUUUGGAUCACUAACGGGCCAGAUGCUGAUGUUGUAAUAGUUUAUGCUAAAACAGAUCUCAGUGCUGUUCCAGCCUCCCAGGGUAUAACAGCAUUCAUCGUGGAGAAGGGUAUGCCUGGUUUCAGCACUGCUCAGAAGCUUGAUAAGCUGGGAAUGAGGGGGUCCAAUACCUGUGAAUUGAUCUUUGAGGACUGUAAGAUUCCUGCUGAGAAUAUCUUGGGGCAGCUGAGUAAAGGAGUCUAUGUUCUGAUGAGUGGCUUGGAUCUGGAGAGACUCGUACUGUCUGGUGGACCACUGGGAAUCAUGCAGGCUGUUCUUGACCAUGCUUUUCCAUACUUACACGUGAGAGAAGCAUUUGGACAGAAAAUUGGCCACUUUCAGCUCAUGCAGGGUAAAAUGGCAGAUAUGUACACACGGCUGAUGGCAUGUCGGCAGUAUGUGUACAAUGUGGCAAAGGCUUGCGACCGAGGACACUUCAAUGCAAAGGAUUGUGCAGGAGUGAUUCUGUAUUCAGCAGAAUGUGCUACACAAGUAGCUCUGGAUGGAAUUCAGUGUCUAGGUAAGAGUGUUGCUUCCUCCACCAUGAGAAAGGGUGACCUGUGGUGGAUUGAAACAUGCAGGAAUACAGGCUCUCUGUUGUCGAGUUCAGUAGGCAAGAAACUAUUUACCUCUGUUCUUCAACUGGAAAGCUUUCUGUAAAUGUGUCUGUACAGAAUCAGCCCAUACCCUGUACUUUCUUGGUUUUCAUCUCUUCUCUUUGUGAUUGUAGGUGGUAAUGGUUACAUCAAUGAUUAUCCUAUGGGUCGCUUCCUGCGUGAUGCCAAGCUAUAUGAGAUAGGGGCAGGAACCAGCGAGGUGCGGAGACUUGUCAUUGGCCGGGCAUUUAAUGCUGCUUUUAAUUAACACCCACCAUUCAAGGAGAAACGUUCUCAACACCAAGAAGCCUUUGAUCAUAGUGGUGGUGCACAAAACUUUUUUUGCACAUCACAGUCACUGCUGGUUGAUUAUUAUCUGUUUGAUGAACAAAUGCUACUAGGUUUAACUGGGCUCUGCUGACUGAAUGAAUUGGGCAGGAGAACAGAAGUAAACGUUUGUUCAUGUGAUCAGCCUGAAUUGUUCCUUCUUCAUACUCAGCAGCCAUUUUGAUCCUAAAAUCUAAGGAGUUGCGGAUGAAGUUUUUGCCAGCGGAAUAUGACAGUCAAAACAGAAUGUUUCUUGCAUGGUUGAACAGGAAAAAUCAGUUACUGAGCAUUAUAGAUCAAUCUAGAGGGAAAGGACAUUGGAUCAAUCCAGAAAGAAUGGACAAUGGGAAUGGAAUUUUAUCAUCUUUAAAAAUUUAGAGUGCCAUGAAUAAGUAGCAUUUUUAACAUGCUGCUGCUGGAAGAUGGUAAUUUCUCAGUGUGACACUCCACCAAUAUGUUAACCUCUUUGUGCCAUCCAGUUAACAAUUUCAGCUUUGCAAAUCCAAAUGCCAGCUGACUUUGGGGUAGAUGCUGUCUACUGCUAACAUCAAAGGAUUUCAGCUACACAUGCAAUACUGUAAAAAAAUGUUGCCUAAAACCCUGUUAAGAAGUUGUGUAUUUUUCUCUGCCCAUUCCCUUUCCUAUCCCAGCUGCUUAGCAAGGUAUUUGAAUGUAAUCUGAAGUCUUCACUCUUCUGAUUGGCUGCCUCCUGCUGUCUGAUUCAUUUGUUGAUGUCACUAUCCGUCAUUCUGGAAGCUUUUGAAAUGUCAAACCCUGUAUUGUGGCAUCUGUCAAUUAAUCAGGCAAGAGGAGGUUUACUUAUUUUAAAGGGUUCUCUGUUGUUCUGCGCUUGUACUCCUAAAUUUAAUUGGCCAUAAGGAAAAAGAAAGCAAGCCUAGCGAGAAAAUUUGGGGCAGUUUUAAGGGGGGGUUAGGGAAACAUUAUAUGCAGUAUUUUAAAUCUUGUGUGGUCUAUUUUUAAUAAGGGGAAUACAGCAGUGUGUAAUAAAACUUCAAAGAGUGAAUUACAGGAAAAAAAUUAAAUCUCUUGAUAUAAUAGACCAAUGAAGUAAACAGCUGCCAUCUUGACAGUCUCAUGUAGGUUAAAAACAAUACAGCUUGUAGUUUUCAUUUCUUUUUCUCUAUAUAUUUGGUGUUUGUCUAGAUAGUGACUCUAAGCCAGCACACAAUACAGUAUUUUAAAACAUCCAUUUAAUAAUCUAAACCAACAAUAUAAAAAGACAUUAUAAGAAAUGCCCAGACCCAACUAAAAUCCACCUUACUCUGUUUCCUCUGGGGGGAAAAAAACCUGAUGGCUACAUAGGUCCUGUGGUAUGUACAGUAGGUCUUCUGGCCCAAGGGGAGAGGCAGCUCCCAGAGCCAUGGAUCUGCCCCUAGAAUGCCCAGCCCUCAGACUGGGGACUGUCAUCUCAAGCAUCCCAACUGAGUUUUACUACUCUGGAAAAGCACACAGAGAGUUGAUCUCUGAGAUACCCUGGGGCCAAAACACAAAGGGCUUUAUUGAUUGAGGCUGACACCUUGGCUUGCACCUGAAUAUCAUCUGGAAGCCAGGGCAGAUUUGGAAGCACAGGUGAAAUAUGCUUCACUUGUGAAACACCAAAUACAUUUAUGUACUGAAUAUAUGAGAAUGGAAAUGUAAUAUGUUCUCGUUUAUUUAGAUGAAUGAACUACUUAAGCUUUAACUCAGAAUAAUUAUGAACGCCAUCCCCUCUCCUACAUUCAAACUGCGUUCACUGCAUUGCCACCAGUGCCUCAAGAAAGAUCUAAGGUGGCAUUUUUCAACACUGCCUAAAAGAUUUGGAUGUCCAGUUCCCAUUACAGUUUGUGGGAAUUGGGUAUUCAACUCCUGUAGCCAGCUUUGAAAAUCUCAGCCCCAGUCCCAUGAUGUAUUGGUGAAAUGGCAGCUCCUUUAGAGAGAGAGCCAGUAGGAGCACGGGUGGCAACGAAGGGGCCGAGACCAUGCAAGAUACUUCUUAAAGUAACUGAAAAUUUAAUUUUUUACAGAUUAUGUUCUUUAGCUCUUUGAUAUGAGAAUGAAUUUCCUUGAGUUUUCCUUGAAGACUUGUUUAAAAGACAAAAACAAAACCUCACACUGGCACUGAAUCAUAGCUUUGCAAUCUUUCUUGGUCCAAAGGAACCCCGCUGAAAUGAAUGUCAAAACAACCUCAGGAUUUUUCAAGCAACUAGAAUUGUUAAGAAUCCAUGUUCUGAGUCGGAAUGGAACCUGUAUACCAUGACUUUUAAACCUGCCUCUAGCCUUGGCAUUGCUUGUUUUAAUACAAAUAAUAAAUAACAUCCCACUUUCUGGGCUGAUCAGCACCUCAAGGUCAAGGCAAAAUUAAUCUGUGUCUAAUGCACUAUCGGAUAGGAGGGGAGGAGAGAGCCAUAAAUCUUAGGAAAGGUUACGUUAAUCAAAUUGCAUACACUUCCAUACAUCACUGUGGUGAAUAUCAAGUCAUUUAUCUUGCGAAAAGCAUUGGUCAAGGGGCUCUUUCCACAUACUGAGCAGUUCUCACUGUGGUGAAUGACAGGAAAUCUCCUGGCUAAGUGGGGGAAGGUCUGUGAUUAGGGUUUUGGUUUUUUAACAUGUACAAUGCCAAUAAAGAUAUCUACUCUUAAACACA